AUGACGUGGCAAAUCAGGAAUCCUAGAGAGGAUCCACCAGCUCCACGUCGCUUCAGUCAUGGCUUCCUGUCAUGAGUCGCUCGCAGACUCGGAUGCUUUGCUGUGUUUUCUCAGCCUGUGGGAGUGGACCUGGAGCCGCUUCCUCUAGGUGACAGGGAAGGAGUGUCUGAGAAAGAGAAACCUCCUCCAGGCCUCAUUUUGCUCUUCCUGCCAGAGUUUCCACAACGUAAAUCUCCAUCAGAGGACUGCUGUCAGGCCCUCGAUGUCAUCGCUAAAGGCUCUCUUGGACCCGUCCUGAAAGUCAGGGUUGUUCAUCAGGAGGUUUGGCCUGCUAAGGUUCUACCGAAGGCAGAGAUCUUAAAACAUGGAGUGCUGGAGCAAACGAAAGAAGAAGAUAUAAUUCAGAGGCAGCUCAGACAUCCGUUUAUUCACCGUGUGCAGGUCUGCUGGCAGACACAGAACCACCUCUUCAUCAUGUUGGAAUACUGCAGCGCUGGAGACGUGCACUGGUUACUGAAGGGCCAGUUUGACCAGGACCAGGUUCGACUCCUUGCUGCAAAGCCUUGGGCCUUUGUCUUAGACAGGUCCACCAAGUCUGUGUUGUGGCUGUGCGGGUGGGACGCAGUCCAGUGA